UCGGCGACGGAUAUCCCGAGUAGACAACAAAAGAUCGGCGAUCAGUUGGUUACCUUAAGAAACCGUCAUUGCAUCCUCCUCGGCGAUGGGGGGUUGCAACUCGUGCUACGCGGCGGCGGUGGUGGUGGAUGGGACGGCGAAGGUGGUCCUCCCGGACGGCGGGCUCCGGGAGUACACGCGGCCCGUGACGGCGGCGCACGCGCUGGGGAAGGACGCCGCGUGCUUCUUCGUUUGCGACGCGGACGCGAUGGAGUUCGACGCGUUUGUCUCGGCGGUUGGCGCCGAGGAGGAGCUACGCCCGGGGCAGCUCUACUUCGUGCUCCCGCGGACGAUGCUCAAGUACCCGCUUCGCGCCGAGGACGUCGCGGCGCUGGCGUUGAAGGCGAGCGACGCGUUGAUGGGGGCGGUGGGGCGGGGCGCCCCGGGGCCGUUGGUUUUCCCAUUGGAACAGGAGGACGCGACCGGCGGUGAGAGGCGGGUGCAGGAGGAGAAGGGGAAGAGGAGGAUAAGGAGCGGCGGUGGCGGUGGCGGUGGCGGAAGCCGAAAGUUUACGCCGGAUCUGAGCGUCAUCCCGGAAUAGGCGGGAGGGUGGGUUUGGAGUCAUCGUGUUGGUUGUUGGAGUCGCGGUGUUGUGCUCCGCGGUGCACAAGCGUGCACCGCACAUUGGGUUCGUCGGAACGAUGUGGACCGUCCGAAGGCGUGCGGGUCGAGAUGGACGUUCGAGAUUUAGUUGGUGUCGGAGCACGCUCCGGAGGCAACGUUGUUUUCUACCCGAGAACAAAACGACUACAUUUCACGGUUUAUUG